GUGCCUCCGGAGGGGCACAGCACUGCACAGAGCAGCGAGGUGCCUCCGGAGAGUAACAGCGCCGCGCAGAGCAGCGAGCCCCCGCGCACCGCGCUGGACGUUGCCAAGUCGGAGGGCAUCCUCCGGCCUCUUGAGGCAGUACCAGGCUUCGUGGCCCACGCUGUGGGCUCUUUGGUGGGUGGGGCUUCGCUGGGCGCCGGCUGGGCAGUUGGCCGCGCUGAAGAGAAGUUGGGCCGACGCCAGGUCACGGACUCCGCGGCGUUUAAGAUGGGAUUCCGCACUUGGCUUUACGCGAAUGGAAUCUGGCCGACCAUACUUUGUGAGUCCGGUCCGUAUGGCAACGAUUUCGGUCCCCUCCCCAGCGACCUGGAAACGCGGCAGCGGAUGCUCCGGGCCACGCCGCUGAUUGUCAGCAACCACGUCAGCUACUUGGACACGGUGGUGCUGCCGCUGGUGCUGGAGGUUCCCAAGAUCAUUGCCAUGGCCGAGGUCGCCUCGUGGCCCCUCUUCGGCCAGCUCUGCCAGGAGUUGGAGAUGAUCUGGGUGGACCGCUCCUCGGCCGAGUCGCGGCGCGCGGCCAAGGAAGCCAUAGCCAGCCAUGCUGCUGAGUGGGAGCGUGGAGAUCGGCCCUUGCUGAUAUGGCCCGAAGGGACUACGUCCAACGGCCAGGGCAUCAAGGACUUCAAGCAAGGUGCUUUCUUGCCCGGGGUGCCUGUGCGGCCCGUGCUGAUCAAGUACACCGGGGACUGGGAUCCCUCCAAUGUCAGCUUCCGAGAUGCUCAGGGCACGAUGAAGCCGGCGGAGGCGUACGGAGACCGCCAGUGGCUGGAGCAGUUCUUGGGUCACAUGCUGCACAGCUGUGCGGUGCUGAUCUGCAAGCCCUACACCCCGAGCCAGGAGGAAAAGGCCAAUCCAGAGCUGUUUAAGGCCAACGUGCACAAGCUCAUGUCCGAGAGACUCGAUGAGCUGAAUCAGUACACAGAGCGCCAGAAGCAGAACAAGGGCACCGGCGUGCCCAAGGGCCUGAAGGAAGUGGGCGGCGCGCUGUUUGGCAAUGUCGAGGCCUUUCUGCAGACAGCGCAGAACCGGCUCUCGGAGAAGUCGGAGGAAGUGCAGACAGCCUUUCCUUGGCUGCAGAAGCUGACGGCCCGACGUCGACCCAACGGCUACAUCGCUUGA